AUGUUGGCAACACAAGUGCAACAUGAUGGCAAACAACCCUUCAACCGAAAUGGUCCUUUAGAAACGGUAGCUUUAACGAAAAGCAUGGCAUUCUUCACGGACGUUCGGGGGACAUCCUACGAAAAAGAUUCCAGUACGUUGAGGCUGAGGAAACCUCUCGACAAGCCGCUCGUCUUGGUAUUCGCAUGGCUUCAGGCGACCAACAAACAUCUAGGCAGGAUUGCCGAAUUAUAUCUCGAGCAAGGGUUUGAGGUGCUGACCGUACACAUUACACCGUGGCAAAUUCUCUGGCCAGUGCACGGAUCACAAAAGGUGGCCGAAGAUGUGGUCAAGUUUCUUUCGAACAAUGAUUUCCCGGAAGGUCUCGUGCUGCACGGGUUUUCCGUAGGGGGGUACUUCUGGGGCGAGUGCCUGGUGCAGCUACAUGCUCAUCCGACUGGACGCCGCACGUUGGAAAAGAUCGUUGGCCAGAUCUGGGACAGUGUGACCCAUCUAGAGGAAAUACCGAUCGGUGUGCCACCUGCGAUGUUUCCGAGGAAGCCAAAGCUUCAAAAUAUGUUGCGAAACUACUUAACCUAUCAUAUGAAGCUGUUCCAUGAGGCAGCGACCCAGUACUACCAGAAGUCUACGUAUAUGUACCACUAUGAACCGGUUCAGUGCCCUGCGCUAGUACUCGUCUCGAAAUCGGACCCGAUCGGUGCGGAAGCGCCAAAUAAGAGACUGUGUGGUAUUUGGGAGUCCAAGGGUGUGAGGACGACGUUUAAGUGUUGGGAUAAAUCGCCACAUGUAGGUCACUUCUUCAAGCAUCGAGACGAGUACGUACAAUUGCUGCUGACCCAUCUUAAGUUACUUAAUCUGCCGAUGGACAGUUGCAAGGCUAAGCUCUAA